GUACGGGGGCGGGGGUGUGGAUAUCCACAUAUACACUUGUACACGUAUACAUAUACAUGUGCAUGUCAGUAUACACACAUGCAAAGAGUGCGUGUGGCAGUGCACAUACAUGUCUGCCUGUUUGCACGCACCUGCAUGCGCACACACGCAGUAUGCACCUGCAGGCACGCUGUACCCUAUGUGCUACAGGUGCACUGUGUGUAUACACCUGCACAUGCAGAUGCGUGUGCAUGCAUACACACACACACACACACAUACAUGCAUGUACAUGGCUGCAUGGGCUCACACACCGAGUGCGUGAGUAGGGGUGGGAGUCAGUCAGCUCUAUGAGGCAUGUAAACACCUCGAGGUUUCAACCCAUAGCAUCAGAAGCCGUUGGUAUCUGCUGUGGCAAGGGGUAGGGGGAUUUAGUAUGGGGUAGUUUUAAAAUUGCUCUUCUGUGUAAAGUUAAGAGUAACAGUCCUGAUUUCCUCAAUGCUGAAAAAAGCCCUUCUUCUCCCUGAUUUACAUACUUAGGAACAUGUUUCUAUUUUAACACUGAUUGAUGGAGGUUGGGUGUUUUGCUUUUGUUUUGGCGAGUCUCUGCUCUUACAUUGGUAUGUGGUAUCAUAACUGAUAGGUGAUUUCCCUUGCGGAGUGGGGGGGUGGGGUUCCAAAGAGGAAAUCGUCCACUAUGAAUGCUUUGGGCUUGAUUCGGUACUCUGUAAAGUCAGUGAAAAGACUCCCAUUCAUCUCAGUGUCAAUUGGAUUGGAUCCUUAAAAUGGCUUUUCUUGGGGAAACAAGAAAGAUUAAAAAUAGAUUAAAAAUAAAACAGACGGAUUAAAAAUAGAAUGAAAAGUUUUGACUUUUAAGCUGCUAGUUCAGGUGUAGUAACGGCUGGUAGGGAAUAAAAGUCGUAACUGUUUGGGAACCUUUUGGCCUUUUUGAAGAUAGGCUAGUAUGAUUUGUGGUGGAAAAGCAUCAAACCCUACUUUCCAGCUUUUCUUGUGCUGUUUUCAAGGUUGCUUUGAAGACUGUUUGUUGGCUCCGUUAGUAUCUUUGGAAAUGGUGAUUUGUAUUGGACACGGAACUUUUGUAACUCUUGGAAAGGAUUUCUAAAUGUAUUGUCUACAGAACUAACUAACCGUGGGUAUUUUUAGAGUCCAAAAUGUGAACUAAUUCACUAAUUGAGAAAUUAACUUUUUUUUCUUCUUCUUCUUUCAGCGCUACAACUUGUUGUGAAGCAUUCACAGCUGCUCCACUUAUGCAUAUUUUCAAACAGGCAGGAUCUUUUGAAAACGAUACCUAAUGUUAUGUUAUUAAAAUGGCUAUCCAUACAAGGCAGAGAGUGUAAAAAUGAAAAUGCUGACAGACCUGUAGAGUUGUUCAGCCAAAAUCCAGUUCCCUUCAGGGACCCGGAGCCAGGAGUUCUGCACUGUGCAGUAGCUGGGGAGAAACGAACAGACUGGUGCAGACUCUGGGCUCAUGUAGCUCUAGCCUGAGCCGUCUUCCAGCCAGGUGAGUCCCUCAUUAGCUCCCCCCUGCCCCCUAAAAGCAGCCUCUCGGGCUGCUUGCUCUCCUAAAGGGUCAGGCACAUCCCAGUGCCCUGCUACAUAUUCUGUAUACUAGAUAACCAUGGUAGUUGAUUACUGUGUUAGUUAUUUGUACGUCCUUCGAUGAGGAGAGGUGACAAUCCCGACUAAAGUUCUGUUGUAGCAGAUGCUGUACAAAUGCAAAUAAAGACUUAGGGUGCGUGUAGAUGAAAUGAAAAUUCCCGUUUAUGUCGACGCAACUGCAUUUGUCACUAUGGCCUGUUUGUUAGUUCUUAUCCUGAAAAGAUAUAGUCUCAAAAAGCUCCAUUUGUAUUCGAAGGCCAAGUCUGCGUGUGCAUAGUUUUCGACAAAUGAGCUGUUAAACUCAGUAAGACUCUUGGCCCAUGAGGCUAAAUGUUUGCAUAAUCUUUUGCAGAAGUGGGGUGUGAAACUAGUUUUACAAAUACACAGCAAAGCUAAGGCAGGUCUUACCUUUAAAGCCGCUAAUCAAUCUAGUGUUAUGACUUCAUUUACUUAGCUAGAGUAAACCAAACAAAGGAAAUGAGACUUAAUAGAUACAGCAUGGGAUACUGGAGUUUUUACAGGUUAGUUUUAUUUUGGUACUGUUUGUAGGCCACAUUAGCCCACUGAUUGCACUGGUUGCUGUGCAAACACACAUGAGCUUCAUGCUGAUAAAUUACAAUUUUAAGCCUUGGGACCGUUCUCUUUCUGUCUUGGUUGGAGGAUUUGGACCAAAAAGGAGAAACACAGGGAGGGGGGACUUUGGGGAAGUGAUUGAACAGAACAAAAUCUGAAAAACGAUUCUGCAAGAAUAUCUUCUUUUACCACCUGUCAUGAUGUAGAAAUAGGCAAGAGGUCAGUUUGGCUUUUAAAUUCAGGAGCAGUGUGUAGGUCUGGGAUGAAAAAAACCACCCCAUUUCUUCCACCUGUUCCCUUAUAUACUAAGCAAAUCUGAUGUAGAGAAAGAAGGGUUUUGUUUUUACGAAAACUGCACUUAACCUUGACCUGGCAAUCGCAUAGCAUCAUAGCUCUUAACUUACUUGAAUAUUUGAUUACUGUAACUUUAAAAAAAAUGAAACAUCUAGGAAUUAAGAACUGUAAAGUAAUAGGUAGUGUGUUAUUUUAUCAUCUCAGGUUCAAGCAGGACAGUUUCAGGAAAGUAUGACUUGAGAGAGGCAGCCAGACAGACAAUCCAAAUGCUUCAGUUGGCAGGAUGAAGUGAUAUGCUAAUGUAAGAGAAAAGGUGGGUGUACAAUGGCAAGGAAAUAAAUACCCGUUAAAGGGAUGGGAGGUCUAGGACAGUGGUUCUCAACUUUUUUUGUACCAGGACCUAUUUAUGAAGAUCAGUGGCCAGUGCUGACCUGCUUUCCCCCAGCCCUGCUAAAGGGAGCCCCCAGCUGCCCCGUGCCAUUCGGGCCGAAGUCCCGCAGUUUGUGCGGAUUUCAGCGGAGAGAGUCCAGCCCCAGCACAGGCUGGAGGGAGAAGGGGAGGCCUGUGGCGGCCCCCCCUGCCCUGGUCUGGGGCUGCCAUGCCUCACCAGGAGCCUGGUCACGGUCCCUCCAGCCCAUCCCUCAGCAGCGUCUCCCAGUUGCUCUGCCCAUACAAGUAUGAGCACCAGCUGUAGUGCCACCAGCCCAGCUAUGCAGCUCCCCCCGAUGCCUCCUUCUCUUGCUGAAGGGGCAGGCUCCUACCCGUCCUGUCCCCCCUGCCCUGAUGCAGCCUUGGCGCCCGGCUAUCUUCCCCCAUAUCUGGCAGGUACCCAUCCCCCCUGCCCACACACACACACACGCACACACAGUCCCCAAGUCCCGGACCUCCAACCCCCACUGAUCAUACACUUACCUGCAUCCAGCUAUUGGUGCUACUCCCAGGACCCUGCCUGGGUGCAUGCAGGCCAUGGGGAUGUGUGUGCAGAGACGCACGUGUGCCUGCUGCCUCCAGUCACCCAAAGCAGUGACUUGCAGGCAGGCUGGAAUGAAGGUUGUGUGUCUGGGGAAUGACAAGCUAGAUGUGUGUGGGCUAGCUCGGAAGAUGACAUUGGGAGAGAUUGGGGGUGGAGGGGAAGAGGUGGGAGAGGUGGAUUCUUUGCUAGUGAGCUUCCCUGGGAAUCAGCCAGCGUGGGAUAGCUAGAAUCUUCCUGCGAGCCCAGCUGUAGGUGUUCGGAUUCAAUGCUGGCAAGCAUAAUAAAUAUUGUUAUAGUGUUUUGCUGAUAGUGUUAGAGCACAGGUGCUCAACCUCUGGUCCAUGGGCCAAUUGCAGCCUGUGGAGCUAUGAUAUCUGCCCCAUUGGGCUCCCCACAGUUGGGAAAUUUGGGGGUUUCUCACCUGUCAACUCUUUCUUCUGGUGAGACACCCCCCUCCCCCUCCAUUGCCUUUGGAUUGGUUUCUUGUCAUGCCCCUACCUUUCCUCCCUCCAUGGGCUUCGAUUGGGGCUGGCCAAAAAUCCCUGUUCAUGCUGGAUCAGGACUGGGCUGUCCCCUAGCCCGCUCUGGACAGCUGGAUGGGACCCUGUCAUGAACUCCUUGGGCCCCAGACUGGAACCACACUGCGUACUGCUUGCAUAUGGAUUGGGCACUGCCCAUCCGUCUCACCAGACAGAAAGGUUGAGCACUCUUUGUUAAGAGUGGUGUUUUAGCUGUGAUGAUCCAGGAAGUAUGCAAAAGGCAGGGAUUUUUUGGGUGUGGUGACUUUUAUUGGACCAACUGCAUGGUUGGAAUUAAGUUAGAUAAGCUUUCAAACACAAGAUUCAUAAAUUAAUAGAUUCAUAGAUGCUAGGGUUGGAACGGACCUCAACAGACCAUUGAGUCUGACCCCCUGCCUAGGCAGGAAAGAGCGCUGGGGUCAGAUGACCCCAGCCAGAUGCCUAUCCAGCCUUCUCCUAAAGACUCCCAAGGUAGGGGAGAGCACCACCUCCCCUGGAAGCCCAUUCCAAAUUGUGGCCACCCUUACCGUGAAGAAAUUUUUCCUGAUGUCUAGCCUAAAUCUGCUCUCUGUCAGUUUGUGACCAUUGUUCCUUGCUACCCCAAGAGGCGUCCUGGUGAACAGAGCAUCUCCGGUUCCUUGCUGCGCCCCCCUAAUGAAUUUGUAGUUGGCCACAAGAUCACCUCUCAGCCUUCUCUUGUGGAGGCUGAAGAGGUCCAGAUCCCUUAGUCUCUCCUCAUAGGGCUUAGCCUGUAAACCCUUAACCGUAUAAGUGGCUCUCCUCUGGACCCUCUUGAAGCUGUCCACAUCCUUCUUAAAGUAUGGCGCCCAAAACUGGAUGCAGUACUCCAACUGCGGUCUGACCAGUGCCGCAUAGAGGGGAAGUGUCACCUCCUUGGUUCUAGUUGUCAUGCAUCUGCUGAUGCACGAUAAAGUGCAGUUAGCUUUGCUGAUGAUUUCGUCACACUGCCGACUCAUGUUCAUCUUGGAGUCCACUAGGACUCCGAGAUCCCUUUCCGAUUCUGCGCUGCUGAGAGGGUCAUUUCCUAGCCAGUAGGUGCGCUGGAUAUUUUUAUGUUCUAGGUGCAGUACUCUGCAUUUGCCCUUGUUGUACUGUGUCCUGUUGUGUUCAGCCCACUUUUCCAACCUGUCCAGGUCUGCCUGCAGUCAUUCCCUACCCUCCAGAGUGCUUACUUCACCCCACAAUUUAGUAUCAUCUGCAGACUUGCACAGAGGACACUUCACGCCCACAUCCAAGUCACUGAUGAAGACACUGAAGAGUACAGGUCUGAGGACUGAGCCCGGUGGGACCCCACUACCCAGAUGCUUCCAGGUCGAUACCGACCCGUCUACUACCACUCUCUGGGUGCGACCCGCAAGCCAAUUUGCCACCCACCAGACCGUGUAAAGAUCUAAGUCACAGCCUCUUAAUUUAUUUAAGAGAAUGGGAUGAGAUAUGGAAUCGAAGGUCUUCCUAAAAUCCAAAAAAACAACAUCCACCUCUACUUCUGCAUCAGCAUUUUGUGACCUGGUUAUAAAAUGAAACCAGAUGAGUCAGGCAUGAUCCACCUGCUACUGAUCAAUGCUGGUUGCCCUGCUGCAUUAUUUUUCCCACUGGACACCCACAAAUAUGAUCCUUAAUAAUCUUUUCAAAGACUUUUCCAAGGGUGGAGGUGAGGCUGACUGCCGUAUAAUGACUUGUACCCUCUUUCCUCCCCUUUUUGAAAAUGGGGACCACAUUGGCCCUUUUCCAGUCGUCUGGGACCUGACCCGAGUGCCACGAGUGCUCAAACAGCCGUGCCAGUGGUUCUGCAAUGACACCGGCAAAUGCCUUCAGUGCUCGCGGAUGCAGCGCAUCUGGGCCUGCUAACUUAAACACAUCCAGUCCAUCCAAGUGACUCUGCACCACGUCAGCGUUGACAGUUGGUAGGCUGGUAUCCCUCUGAUCCCAUCUAAGAACCUGUUAGGAGACUGAUCUUGACCCUUCUUCAAGGACACUGAGGCAAAAAACUCAUUGAAUAGCUCAGCCUUGUCCCCCCUGUCUGUCACUAAGUGCUCCUGUUUCUUCAGUAGGGGUCCUGUGCUGCCCUGCGCCUUCCUUUUACUCCCUACAUACCUGACAAUAGACUUUUUGUUGUCUUUAAUUUGUGUUGCCAGCCUCAGCUCUGUAGUUGCUUUGGCCUUUCUAACUGGCACCCUGCAAGUGCGGGUCAAGUAGAUACACUCCUCCUUGGUAGCUUCCUCCUGCUUUCACCACCUAUAUGCCUUUUUUUUUUUUUUUUUUUGCCCUUAGGCUUUUCUGGAUGUCUGUGUUUAGCCAAGGAGGUUUUUUGGCCCCUUUCUCCCCUUUCCCUCGCACUGGGAUCAUCUCCCUCUGUGCCUGAAGGAUCGCUUCCUUUAGGAACGACCACCCUUCCUGGACUUCCAUCUCGCCAAUACUCCUCUCCUGCAGUGCAUUGCUGAUUAAACUGAGCACACUGAAGUUAGCCUUCCUAAAGUCAAGCACCUCCAUCCUAUUAUUAUCUUACCCACUCGACGCCCUAUGAUGAAUUUGAUUGAGUGAGUGGUGGUCACUGUCCCCAAGGUGACCACGAAUCUGUAGUUCCCCUACCAGGUCAUCCCCCAUAGCCAACACCAAGUCCAGUGGGACCAUAUACUUCCUGCGUUAGGUGAGCGGUUGGAUUUGGCUGACUGCUCUUCCCAGCAGAUGUCAGGGUAGUUUAGGUCCCCCGUGACAACCAUGUCCCUAGACUGUACGGCCUCUGAGAGCUGCUGCAAGCAUUCCCAGUCUAGCUCUGCUCCUUGAUGUGGUGGUCUGUAGCAGACCCCCAUCACCAGGUCCCUUUCCCCUUGACCUCCAUGUGUCCUAACCCACAAUGCUUUAACUUUCUCUUAAGACUCCCUUCUGUGCACUCACCUGAACACUGUCUGAAGCCAGUGAUGCUGAUGUGCAGUUCAGACUCCUCCUGCUCUCCCCUCAACUAAAUAGGGAUGGGAGAAAACCCCUUCCCACUUCCCUACAGCUGGCCCAGCUCACCUUAUUGCUGCUGCUGGUUCCUUACCACGGCACAGGCACGAAGGGCGCACACAUGCUUGCUUCAGCAUCCAACUAAAAGUCAAAUGUUCUAGGUGAGGCUUGAACUCACAACCUUGGCAUCACUUCCCCAGGGCUGUUUUAGAAGUUUCACAUGCUAACCCACUGCACCACGAGAGCUGAGCUAAAAGGUUCUUUGUCACUAUUUUAGAGCAUUGGUUUAAAGUAAUUGUAUCUCUGCUAUUGGCUUUUGGAUUUAAUAAAGACAUUUGAACUGAAUUACUGACACGCUCAAUCAAAUUCUAACACAACAUGCAGGGCGCAUCUACAUGUGUCACUAUGGCAACUUUACUGUGCUGUAUGUGUGGCACAUGAUUAUUUUUAGCCGCUACUUCACCGUAGUGGCGCGCUAUACCAGGGGAGCGUGUUGCAAUGGGGACGUAGGUGCUGUUUGCGUGUGGAUGCCCAUGGAUGCUACAUCACCAAUUUUGUUUCUUAUACUGCUGUUUUUCCAAAUGUUUCUAAUAAAUCAUAGAAAACUAGGGUUGAAAGGGGUUCCAGUAACUCAUCUAGUCCAACCCCUUGCUAAAAGCAGGACCAUCCUUAAUUUGAUCUUGCCAGAGAUUUGUCGAGCCGGGCCUUAAAAUCCUCCAAGAGUCCACCACCUCUCUAGAUAAGCCGUCCCAGCACUUCACCAGUCUCUUAGUCAGAAAGUUUUUCCUAAUCUCCCACUUGUUCACAUCCUUUCUGUAGUAGGGGGCACAAAACUGAACACAGUACUCCACAUGUAACCGCACCAGUGCAGAAUAGUGGGGAAUAAUGACUUCCCUCAGUGCUGACAACACUCCUACUAAUGCAGCCCGGUGUGCUGUUAGCCUUCUUGGCAACUAGCACACACUGUUGGCACCUAUUCAGCUUAUUGUCCACCGUAACCCCCAGGUCCUUUUCUGUGGAGCUGCUGCCAGCCAGUUGGUCCCAAGCCUGUAGCGGUGCAUGAGACUGUUCUGUCUUAAGUUCAGGACUUUGCACUUAUUCUUCUAGAGCUUUGCCUUCUUCCCCUGCAUGGCUGGUUUGGUGCCUGGCCAUUCUUCCUUCCAUGGGAUUGCCGUGGGGAUGGGCACACCCCGAACCUGCCGCUGUAGUGGGGCCUUGUCAAGCCCCUUGGGCUCAGGUUGAGGCUGACAAAGCCCCCUUUCUGCGCUGUCUUGGGGCUGGCGUGCACCCUGCCUCCCUCUGCACAGAUGGAUGGGGCCCUGGCAUGCCUUUGUUUAGAGCGAUGUUUGAGCACCCCGUGGUUUGAGCACCCGUUUGUGUAGAGUUAUGUUCUACCUGUGAUGAUCCAGGAAGUAUGCAAGAGGCAAGAUUUUUUGAGUGUGAUCACUUUUAUUGGACCAACUGAAUGGUUGGAAUUAAGUUAGGCAAGCUUUCAAACGCAAAACGUUCUUUGUCAGUGUUUUAGAGCAGUUGCUUAAAGCAGGUGUUGUCAACCUGGGGUAUGCCUACCCCUGGAGGUAAUUUGAAAGGUCCCAAGGAAUGUACAGGGGCAGGCGCAGAUGUAGGACACCUGCUGCCUCACAGGAGCAGGGCCAGGGCGGAGGGAGAACAGGGCCCACAGAAGCUGCGCUGCCGCUGCUCUGCCACUCACCGUGCCCCUGCUCUGUCUGGCCCUUGCCACCCCCCGCCACGUCUGACCGCUCGCCACCCCCACCUGCUCCACAUCCGGCUGCUCCCACCCCCCGGGGGUACACUUUUUAAAAAGGGGGCUGCCGGGGGUACACUUACUAAAAGAAAGGUUGAAAACUACUGGCUUAAAGUCUCUAUAUAUCUGCUAUUGGCUGUUGGAUUUAAUAAAGACAUUUUAGCUGAGUUCCUGACAUACUCAAUCAAACUCUAACACAACAUGCAGUGUUGUUCUGGCUUUUGAAGACUUUGCCCAGAAACCUCUGCUUUUUUAUUAAUUGCUGAUCAUUUUACAGCUUUUAGAGAAAAAGGAAAUUAGUUAAGCUCUUUCUGAGUAGUAAGAUACUCUUAUGUUUAUUAAAAGCUUAAUGAAAUUUGGGACAAUAACCAAAUAAUACCUUUAAAAUAUUUUUUAAAAGUUAUGAUUUUAUAUUAGGGGCGCACCGUGUCGCUGGGUUUCUUAAUCCGCUCCCUCUCUCUGCUCGCCCCUCUUUCCAACCAGACCUUUCCUAGCAAACUUCCUUGUAAACUGGCCUCUGUGCUGCCCCUUGGUCCCAAAAGCUUCCCUUUCCCCUGCUAACCCGCUUCCUCUCUCUAAGUUUACGGUGAAGGAAGGUGAGGGAGAGUUUCCAGAUAAAUUACCUAGCAAACGCCGCCUCCAACUUCCCUCUCACUCUGGACUCCAGUUAAGCAAGGAGCACAAGAACUGGUCUAAUUGCUGUGUAUUAGCGACUUACACUAAAUAGAUGUAGAUUAGGUACUCUCAAUUAAAGCAAGGUCUUACAUUAAAGGCUCCCCUUUAAAGAACGGGGGGCAAACUGACCUGUGAACUAACUUUAAAAAAACAUAAUAUUUCUAUAUAUAAAUAGAUACAUAUCUAUAUAACUGUACCUCUAACACAGUGGUUCCCGAACUGUAGGUCACAACCCCAAAUGGGAUUGAAAAAUCAGCGGGAUGGGGUGGCAGGGGUGGGGGGCUAUGGGUGGGGAGCGAAGGGUCAUGCUGAGGAAUGGGGCCAUAAAUGGGGUCAUGCUGAGGAAAAGUUUGGGAGGCACUGCUCUGACAGCCUGCCUUGUGACUGCCAUGGUUCGCUUGACAGUCCAAACCACACUUGUACAGUUACACCGCUCUUAGUCUUGUUACAAAGACUGUACUGUGCAGUGUGCACACCCGUCACCGUCACAUUGAAACCUGCAAACUGACUUAUGAACUGUUUGCAAACUGCCCCGUUUGCUGCCCCUGGUCACGCAGAGCCUCCUUUUCUCCCCUCCUGGGCCUUGUUAAGACUUUUGUCAGACAGAGGUAGCAGUCCCCCAGCUUGCAGCACUCCCAGCUCCUUAGAGCACGUGCCCAGACGAACAGGCAGCCCCAGCUCACUUUCCUUCCAGGGGUUCGGGUCAGGUGCCUGGCUCCUCUUCCCUUGUCUCCUUUGCCCUGUUUGCUGCCCGUUCACCUUGUUUCUCUCUACUGAGCCUUUCAAUGUACCUCAGUCUAACGUUUAUCUUUAAAUUCUCUUUUAUUUAGAGCCCUUGCUUUCUGUAAGUGCCUUCGUUGCAUCCCAAGACAAAAGCUGCUGCGUCGUUCAACCAGGUAGUCUCCAGCGUGCCACCCUGCCCAGAUUUAUUCCAAGGAAGGAGUAGUGGAUGUGAUCUCUGCGAAAAGAAAGCUUGUCUGGUAAAGAGCACUUUUCCUCUUUCAGUAGCUUUUGACAUUAAAGCAAAGAACUCUCAAUACCAUAUUUUAUGUACUUUUGAAAAAUGGGCUGUUUACUUCGUUCUGUCUGUGCGGGAUAUGCAGAUUGAGGACUGUACUGUGUCAUACACAGACAUCUGCGACCCUGGGUAGAGUAUGUAAUGCUGUAAACGUUACAGUCCACGUGCUUGCACAGAGCAUUGCAUAGAAACUAGAAGAGUUUGUGCCAGAGCCAGGGGCACAGGAGUGGCUUUUUAAGAACUGUCCUUAUGUCUGUUUCUUUUAGUUUGUAGAGGUUAAAACUUUCUGAAACAUUAUGCAAAGCUGAGGUAUUGCACCCCUGCCUAAUACAGUAUGUAAAUAUUCUCAUUAAAUUUGGGGGGCAUAUUUCACCAUUUUGACAUAUAGCAGUGCUAUAGAGGGGCAUCACAAGGAGCAAUCUAUAUCUGCAGCCGUGAUGAGGCAGUUAUAUUUCAGACAUAACAUCAUUCUUUGUAAAAAUGGUCCUCACUCUCUCUAGGCUAAAACAUCACGGCCACCUGUGAAGUUUGUUAUGCUACAGUCAAAACUGCAGUUGAAAGGCAUUUCUUCUUUCCUUUUAUUUUUGUUAACUUACGGAGGAGGAAAUAAUUUCAGCUCACUUUAGGAAUCGGUCCCGUUCCUUUGCACCUGUUUUUCCUAAAUUAGUCCUUGGAACAAUACCGGCUCAAUUAUAGUGAAGUAAUAUCAUGCAUUUUGAGCUUGUGGAAUCCACAGACCGUGUAAUUCUCUGCAUUUCCUCCCCCUUCUUUGCAUCCCACUUUUUGACAGUGUCAUUCUGCUGGAGCUAUGCUGGAAAACCUUGCAAGCUUGCGUGUGCGUGUGUGUGCGUGUGUGUGUCCACACAUGCUGCGUGGAAAAUCCUACACUUUGUUUAGUCUGCAGAACCUCUUCUGUUAGCUAAUGCUCCAGGCUCCUCAAAGGUGCAGUGAGAGAGGAGCACUAGGAAGUACCUAAGGCAGAAAGCAAACAAGGGCUUUAUCACUGAUCUUUAACUCCUAUCAAAAGGGGAGUGAGGGAGAAGUCAUUUAAACAUGAGGCUUGAAUGAAAACUAGCAUGGAUUAGUCACAGUUGUCCCAGGAGUCCUGUUAUCUCAGUUCACAGGUACUUAUGGUAGGGAGUGGGGUACUUUACCUCUAGGGUCCCCAAAUGAAAGACUCUUGAGGGAGCCAAGAGGGGGAGGAAGAGUCCUGGGUCUGUUUUUAGCCAAAGGGAAUUACCCUUGAGGCAUGGCAGGAGUAGUGUGUGUCUCCCUGUCUUUUCCCAGUGGGUGAGCUCCCGGGCAGUUCAUGCAUGGAGGAAGGAUGACUCUGUAGCCUGUUCCCCACAGGUAAACUGCAACAAAUUGAACUGAUUUGGAGAAACAAGUGGGUUACGUCUGAGCAGCUUCCUUGUUUGGUAGUCAGUUGGCUGAAGAGCGGUUGAUGCUGAUGUUACUUAAUACUAGAUUUACCCUUCUGUGGCCCCUGGCAGAGAGAUCGGGGCGUUCAUCCUCCACUUUGCACAGACUGGACGGAACAACCUGGCUCCCAUCUUAGUUUUGAAGAACUUCAUUGCUGAAAAAUCAAAUGUGCACGUGUUCCCUAAGGAACGUAUCCGUUCAAAGGCAUGAAAGAUAAACGUAUAUUGUUACGUGCAAAUGCUUUGCACAAGUACAUUUGCUGGAUGCAUUUGGUAUGUUCUUCAAGCAAGUAGUGUCGUUAGCUGUUAAAUUCUUGACUCCUCUGUUAGGCUUGGGACAGAAAUUACACACAAGCUGGUCAAAGAGAUUGGAAACAGGUUCAGAUCUGGAACACAACAGAAGGAUGGUGCACAUAAGCCACUUUCAAGAUUGCCGAAACAGGUUUAAGAUAAGCCUGGAUGGAUGUAGUAUGAGACUGAACUGAUUUAGAUUCAAUUGCUUUAUUGUACUUCUGACCCAGACCCUCUCCAGAUUCAUAUUAACACAUAGUCCCCCAGCAUCCUGUCACAACCAAAUUAAGUACUGUCUAUGCCACAAGCAAGAAAUAUAUUAAUCAAAACAGUUUUAGUCUAUACAAGGUAACUAAGGGUUAACUAACAAGAUGAAAAUAACAGGGUUUUUUUCUGCGCAUGUCAAAAAAAAAUUUAUUACUGCGCCACUAACAGAGAUAAAAACUUUUGCCUUCUUUGCUUUAUAUAAAUCAUUGUAAGUGGUCGGAAUGACAGGGGAGUGAGUGUCUGGGAGUGUUCCUAUGAUAACACCCUAGCGAAGACCACUAUACAAUUGGCGAUUCUAAUUAAAUUUAUGACGUGACAAAAAACAAUUGGCUAAUAUACAAAUAAAACCCAUCUUCACUUCCGUGAAGAAGGGGGGACCUCCGUACGAACCUUAGAGACCUCUGAUCACACGUAUCAGAGUAACUGACAACUUGAUCACUUGCCAGUGCCCCCCUCGCGUCUCGACCCAAUCUUAAGACGUAAAUCACCGACCUGCCGGCCCGAUUUUUUUUCCGUUUAUCUGCCCGACGGAAGACUUUCAUGCAGACCGACCUUCGAACCUUAAGCUGUAACUAACCAAAUAUCUCUGACCUCCGUCUGUCACCACCUUAACAGCGUGAGUAAAUAAUCUUGCCUUGCAACCGAUAAGCGUCUGUGCCUAAUUCCACUCCAAGCAUCAUAAGUACCCGCCUGACGGCCUUCAAAGGUCUCGUACCCUUCACUGCAGUGCACGGCAGUGACAUGGCGUCACGAACAGGAUAUGGGGUAGACGCAAUGGAGUUGGAACUAGUAAAGAACUGCCCAUGGCGCAGUGGGGACCGCCUGACAUCCGAUUCGGAUGAAUUAUGGGCACACAUUGCCUACCAUCAGGCAAGGGGAAUAGGACUGAAAGCGGUUACUGGACACUUCUCCCUAAGGGGUGAAGCAGGAGAAGGGAAAGAGUGGAGCGCUCAGCUCGAUGUGAGGGCCCUAGGGUGUGUUAUGAGCGCUAAAGGGGUUAUGUACAGACCCAGGGACGAAGCGGGAAUCAUAUCCCUACAUCGGGUGAAGGUGGUGACAGCGGCAAAAGUGCCGGCAGGGGUGGACCCAACCCCUGCCCAAGAGAUUGCCCGUUGCAUCUGCCACGUACGAGAGGGCGGGGAAGGAACACCCCCCGACAAGUUUAACUGUCCGACCAUGGUGCCCCAGUCCCCAGUCACAAACUCUUCACCCAGCUCCGUGAAAACUUGGAGACAGAGGGUUGCACCGCGACCAAAUGGGCAGGCCCCAAGUGGAAAAAAGAAAAAAUGAUUAAUGUUCUGUUCCGCGCAUUUGCUAACGCAACGCGCUAUAUUAAAAAUUUGAAUAGCCAACUUCUGACCCUGGGAAAAGUCACAGCUAAAAAUGCUGCUGCGCAGGAAUCGCCUACACCAUCGCCCCAAUAUGGCGCCAGCGAAAAACUCAGCUUCUUCAAAGAAUCGGAGAAGAAGGGCGGAGCUUCAGAAAAGGACGCGGAGGACAGAGUUGUGGGAGGUCCACAACUACCUCAUUCUCUACGGGAGUACAACGGGGCAGACCCAACGGCUCCGACCCCGGAACAUCAGCUACCGCCUCCCUAUGACGAAGAAAAAAAACCCUCCAAGUUAAUAUAUCCCCCCUCCCUACCAACGGAGAAUCCGCCCCCACCGAUGAAGUCUUCGCCGACUUCCAUGAAAACGGCCUUCCCUAUCGUUGUUACAAAAUACACAACGGAUCCACAAGGCGUAACUCACGCUACUUCCACCUACCGCACCCAUAACCGAACAGAGAUACAAGAUAUUUUUCAGCUAUCCGAAUUUAAACCAGGAGAAACCCUGGCGAUUUGGCUUGGCCGACUGGUAGUUGAAUUUGGCUCAGAAUUACUGGACAUGGAAGAGGCCAGCUUCCUCAUCCGUCAAGCUGCAUGGAGUGGAGGACACGCCACCGACCGCGGCCCAAUCAUGAAAAACCAACACUGGGCCAUACCACUCCCUGUGCUUCUAGCCCGCCAAAUCGUGAACAAGUCCCACCUGUGGCACAACGACCGCCCAGAAAUAACAUCGGCAAAACAACUUUUAUUAGCAACAAUAGGAACCUCGUACUACACAUGGGAUGGGGGGCCCACAGCCGACGGGUAUUCAACACAACAGGUUCGGCUUGACAGAGCAACAGGCCGCUGGGCCGUGGCCACAUCGAUUCCUAACGCAACCCGGAAUGGUUCCAAUCACCCCUAAAGCCUUGGAAGCUUGCAUAGACAUCUAUGGGGGAUCUCAUGCCAUCACUCUUUGCCUCCUCCUUACCCCGCAAAUAGACGGACGGGCCGGAAACAUCCUCAGUCAAUUGGGCCGUAUCCAAACCCUCAUAAAGCCAACAGCGAUAACUCAAGGUGUCAAUUGUGCUACAAAACCGGACCCAUUGUCAGUGUACCCCAUAAAACAACCUGAAGUGAACAGACCACCCUACAAAGGCUCACCACCAGUCCCAGGACGGACCCCUAAAGAAAAGGCCAUGUUUUGGUUCCUGAUAAAAGAGUCCGGGCUUACCAAACAACAAUUACGCGCCCUGAGGGACGAUGGGCAAAAGGCCCUAGCAGAAAAGUUGGGAUUCAAUUACACCCAAAAGCCAAAAAACGGGUAGUGGCCGCCGGGCGAGCCGGCGGCCCUACAAAAAAGCCUGACCCUUCGGAUCCUCGCCCAUAUACCAGCCUUAUUAUCGUUCACCCCGAUAAUCCCUCGAUACAACGAAAGAUUUCUUGUCUCCUCGACACGGGAACACAAAUUAACGUCGUAGCACCUGCGACACCUCAUAAAAAGACUUUGAAAACCAUCAUGGUACAAGGGCUAAAUGCUAUAUCAACUGCUAAAAAAGUCAAAUUUUGGAUACACAAUCACAAAAAACCCCUUAAAGAAGUUCUAGGGGGCAUGAACAUCUUGGGCGUACCAGGCAUUAAGACACUCCAGUUAAAAAACUUAAUAUUUCAAGCUCUUCCAUUCUUUAUUGCUGAGCCCGACCGACACCAACCUACGCUUCAUAACACAUCUACAUGGCGUUAUAAACCAAUCCUGACCAAACAACGUCUUCGGGAAGCCCUUGUCACCCUGUUACAGAGGCUCGAACAACAGGGAUAUAUAACACCGAUAGCGGCCAGUACCCACCUAUCACCAGGGUGGGGAAUCGCAAAGCCCGAAAAACCCAACGAAGUCCGACUUAUAGUGGAUUUCCGCGAGGCGAAUAAACGGUGUCUCCCACUUACGCAACCCAAUGCUUUUACGCUACCCCAGUGUUUAUAUAAAAUGGCGAGGUUUCAAGGGGGCAAGUAAGACGGGACGACCCUUGACCUCAAGGACAUGUUUUUCUCCAUCCCAAUUAUUGACAACAGCGGAAUCUUAAACAUGUGCGUCGAAGAUAUGAUAUACCGAUGGACGGUAUGCCCGCAAGGAUAUCGCAACUCUCCUGCAUCGGCCACAGGCGCAAUGAAUGACACACUUAAAGACUUUCGCGCUUCCUAUCCUUUGCCAGCGAAAAAACAACUCAAAAUUUAGAGUUAUGUUGACGACCUUGCCAUUAUGGGUCGUGACCAGCAAGUUGUUGCUGAGGUCACCCGCCGUCUAGUCGACCAUCUCCAUGCUAAGGGCUGGACGGUUAAUUUAAAAAAAAUCAAACUUACAACCCACGAUAAAUAUUACAUUCCUAGGUACCAGAUUUACCGGCGCAACUAGAUCCGGUGUCACACACGACAAAACCCCGGAGCUCGGUACACUUAAAGAUCCAUUACCAAUGCACAAAAAGCAAUUUCAACGGCUCUUGGGACAUCUCAAUUGAUAUCAACAUUACAUCACUCCGCGUUACCUUCCGCUAUUGGCGAGACUCCAGCGUCAGACCCGCGACAAAUUGCGGAAAGCCACACCUUGGACGGACAAAGACAGAAAGGAUCUUCAUAAUCUUCUCCACGCUGUGAAACACACGCCACUUCAAGCACUUAACCUCACCGAGACAUUAAUAAUUACUUUGGGAUAUACUGCCAGUCAUGUAUGGGCCACUGCCCAUAACCCCCAAAACGAACUGGUGUAUGCCUCACACAAAGCUCUCCAGACAACACAACAUCGCUACGGAGCCUUUACAAAAAUUCUGUUGACAGAAAGACUCGUCACAUUACUAUCCCAGGGACAUGAAACGCUUCGAACACCAGCUGCUACUCUCUUACCUUUGCUAAACGCCACAAAGGUUGACUCACAGUUCCAAGGAGAACCGGAUACUUGGAACAAAAUGGUAUUACAUUACCACUAUCAUUGGUGUUGUUAAAAGUGCGAAGACUUGCCACCCGGUCCCGAUACACAAGAUGACGCAACGCUCACUCUCUAUGAGACCAUAGCCCCAGCCUAGGUGGCCUCCGAUGACACCACUCGAAAUGGACGGGGCUACGGGUUCUACUACAAACCGUGCCAUGAUGUGGGAUUACACAGAGCCCCGGAAGGGGCUACAGCCCCAAAAAAUGAACUCUUAGGUUUUAAAGUUGUCAUCCGCCACUGUCUUCAACAUCACGACGGAACACUUCCGACUCCCAUCAUAGCUAUUGAUUCCCAAUAUGUCUACAAAAUUGUUACUGGCACAGCGACUGCGGCGGAAAACCUAGAGGAUUGAAAAAAAAUCUGGGACCUGUUAUCCCAAUUUAUUGUUCUACCGCUCGUAAAACACACCAAGUCGCAUAAACUUAAAACUGAUCCAGUACAUAAAAUCAUCGACAAGCUUCUAAAAGACCCUCUCUGGAGUGAUGUUGUCUUAGUUGCUAAAGCAAACGACCCCAAACCACAGUUCGAUCCGUUCCUUACGUGGCUACAUGAACACUGGGGACACCCAGGACCAAGGGCUAGCCACCUCCCAGAUGACUCUACAAAACCGCUUAACAUUAGACGCCAUUCUUCUUCAACAAGGUGGACUUUGUCAAUACCUUAACCUUUCUCAUAACCAUUGUUAUAUUGCCAUUCCCAGUGUAUCUCUCCCUCUAUCUCUACAAGUUGACAAAAUAAAAAAAAAUUACAAAAAACGUCAACCGACUUUCGGGUAUAGGUCAAGGUUGGCUAUCAGACCUCUUCCGUUGGUUUAGAUGGGACACAUCAUCAUGGUUUCUCAACUUGUUAAUGCCCCUCAUUACGCUGUUGUUACCGAUUGCUGUGUUUAUAUGUUUUGGUUAUUGGAUUUUACAAUAUCUCAAAACAAAGCUA